AUGGCGGGCAUCGGGCGGGACCUGAGGGUUGCCAUCCUGGGUGUAAGAGCGCAGGAGCCAAGGCGCUACUAUGUACAGGUCACCAUCGCCGGCACCGCGGGGCCGCCCCUCCCGCCAGGCAAGGGCGGCGGCGACGACCCCGCCUCUGCCGCGGCUGCAGCGCUUCGCCCCGACACGGUCGCGCGCACGGAGACCGCGCCGCUGUCGCGCGCCCCCGAGUUCUGCAACCGCACGUUUAUCAUGCGGCUGCCGCAGCCGCUGGGCGCAGCGCUGCACUCACGGGCCGUGCUGCAAGUCAGCUUGUACGCGACCCCCAGCCUCGACGCACCGCCGGGGCCGCUGCUGGCAGGAAGAGAGGUAGACGACCUUGUAGGCCGCGGCUAUAUAGAGGUCCGCGGAGAGCUCGCCGCGCGCCUGCUGCGCGGCGAGCGCGCCACGCUGCCCGUCGCCCUCCUCGACCUCGGCCGCGACGCGUCCGCCGCCGUCGCCGCCACCGGCGCGAGCAAGCUGCGGGCGCCGAAGGCCUACGACAUCGGCGGCGCGACGGCGCAGCUGCUGGCGGCGCGGAGCAGCGUGGUCGCGGGCGGCGUGUAUGGCAAGAGCGACUUGGAGGCCCUCGUGGAGCUUACACUGUUGGACUGCGCCGCCGCGGACUUGGUGCCCCUCGGACUGCUGUCCGCGGCGGCGGCCGCCGGACGCCCUAGUGGGGCUGGAGGUGGGAAGGGGCCAGAGGCGGACCCGGCGGCAGCGGCGGCGGCGGCAGGGGGCAGGGCGUUGGUGCGGACGCCGUCGGCAUCGAUGCGGGAGCUGGCGGAGUGCUCGUUAUUGGUGCUGAUCUCGGCGGCCGAAGGGCUGCCGCUCGUGAAAGGGCCGGAGGGCCGCACGGUGGCCCCGAGCUGCUUCGUCGCCCUCAAGUCCCUGCGCGACGCGGAGCAGCGGCUUCCGGCGCAGGCCGUCACGCGCGUGGCGGCGGCCACUCAGGACCCCGUCUGGGGCCAGCUACUGCGUGUGGUGUACCCUGAGGAGCGGCUGCCAGGGGAGCAGCUGCUCCUGGCGGUAGUCAAUGAUGAGACCAGCAAGCUCCUGCUGAAAGCGGCGGUGCCGCUUGACGCAGUCGUGCCAGGCUUGCACUACCAUCUUAAGCUUAGCUUCCCGGAUGACAGCGGCGCCGCCGUGUACGUCACACUCUGCCUCCUGCCGGCCGCCCGCACGCAGCUGCAGCGGCUCCGCGCCGCGCCGCUCGCGGCCGCGCCGGGCGCGCGGCUGCUGCAGGCUCGGCUGGCCGGCACGAGCGCGCAGCUCGCGCGGCUGGGGGAUGAGGGGCAGGGCGCUGCUGGGGGCGAGCUGUGGGCAGUCUGGCGGCCCAGGGGCGUGGCUUCUAGCACUGAGGACGAUGCACCAGCCUUGGCACCAUUAGAUGUUGCAACGCUCCACUUGCCGGCGUCGGCCUCCGACCCAGCAGCAGUGCGGGCGGCGUUGCAGCAGCAGUCGGCCGCCGCGCUGGACGGCGGGGACCGGGGGCCGCCGCAGGCGAUGCCGGUGCAGCGGCUGGGUGGCGCCGGGGUGAGCGGCACGGCUGGUGGGGGCGGCUCUGGAGAGGAUGACGCGGGCAGUCUCCUGUGGCCGCCAGACCACAUGAUGAUGCUUCCUUUGGAGACGGCUGGAGCGGGGGAUGUGGGCACUGUGCUUGAGCUCCACUUGCGGCGCUACGGUCGGGGCGGUGGCCCCGGCAUCGGCGGGCCCGGCGCCGACGCAAUUGAUGCCGCUGCACCGCCCGCCACCGGCGGCGGCGCGGUCGCGGCGCUGCGGCGACAGAGGCAGGCCCUGCAGCAGCAGCAGCAGCAGCAGCAGCAGCAGCUGCAGCUUCCUAUCAGCUGCCUGCUGGCUCGACUGGACCUUCAGCCCGAGCAGAUACCCGGCAACAGCCCCGGCGACGCCGUGAUACUGGACGGCCUGCCGUUGGUGGGGCCGGGCGGCGACGCAGCGGGGACAGCGACGGUGGAGGCGGUGCCCUGGGACGUCCCGAGCUUCUUGGACCACCUGCAGCGGCUGGCGGGGCUGCCGGACAACAGCAGGAGCCCGGGCGCGCCCGCGCACUGGCCGGACGCUUUCGCGGGCCCGGGCGCCCUGCCCGCCUCUGGUGUCGCCGCCGGUCUGCUGGGCGUGCCAGCCCCUGGCUCGGCCGCCGGCCAGGUCCUCGCGACGCUGGCAGCCGACAUGGUUUCGAAGCAGGCGGCGCUGGAGCGCCUGCAGCGGCAGGCCGACGCGGCUGACGCGCGCUGCGACACCGCGGCCGCGCGCCUGCGCGACAUGCAGGGGCGAAACCAGGCACUAUCCGAGGAGGUCCAGCACCUGCGCCGCAUCAUCCGAGAGGAGAAAGAGGCGUCCCUUGCGGCCUCCGGCGCCGACGGCGCCGCCCCAACGGCCGCCUGCCCCUUGGGCCCAGACCCCGCGUCCUUGCCGCAAGAAGAGCUGCUGCGGCGCGCCGAGGCGGCGGCGGGCGCGCUCUCGCGGGAGCGGCGGCGGAACGCGGAGCUGGUGCACCGGCUGCAGCAGCUGCACGGCGAGCAGGUGGAUGUUCUUGAGCUGCAGCGGCGCUACUCAGAGCUGCAAGAGGCUCACGUGACACAGGCUGAGCUGCUGUCGAACCACGAGGAGCUUUCAGCAGACGUGAAGCUGCUGCGCGAAACGGUGAAGGGCCAGGAGGGCGUCAUUGCCAAGCUGGAGCGCCUGCUGGCGGCCGCCGCGGCAAAGGGCAAGGAGCUGGACAGGUGGAGGGCUGCCGCCCAGGCGCGAGAGGCCGAGCUGCAGCAGCUCUG